CAUGUCCCACACACACCUAUACCUACAAAAUGUACCUAUACCCACACACACACACACACACACACACACACAUACACACAUCACACAGGAGACUGGAAACUGAACCAGAUACACCCAGGUAAGCAAUUUAUUGAAUUGCAUGUCACACACGCACACCUACCUACAAAAUGUACCUAUACCCACACACACACACACACACACACAUACACACACACACACCUACACACAUCACACAGGAGACUGGAAACUGAACCAGAUACACCCACGUAAGCAAUUUGUUGAAUUGCAUGUCACACACGCACACCUACCUACAAAAUGUACCUAUACCCACACACACACACACACACACACAUACACACACACACACCUACACACAUCACACAGGAGACUGGAAACUGAACCAGAUACACCCACUGUUCAGGAGCAGCUGGCCAGGGAUCUGUGGGAGGCUGUAGAGAAUGAUGAUGUCAGCAAAGUGAGGUCCGUUUUGGGACAGGGGGCCAACCCCAAUCACCAGCUCUACUGGAGUGAGGAGUGGACUAAGAAGGGUAGAAUCCCUCCAGUACACCUACCAUGCUGGAGGGGCUACCUGGAGAUCACUAGAGCACUCGUUAGUGGUGGAGCUGAUAUAGAGAAAGGUGAUGGACGAUGGGGCACGACUGCAUUUCACUGGGCGUGUGCGGGAGGAUAUAUGGAGACUGUGGUGUAUUUAUCACAAGAGAUGAAAUGCCGUAUUGAUGUGAGGAACAAGGGGGACCAAACACCACUGCACCUGGCUUGUGUGGGAGGAUAUAUAGAAGUAGUGCAAUACCUUGUGGAGGUACUCAAGGUUGAUGUUGAUGUGACUGAUGAUGAUGGCGACACUCCUCUUGACUGGGCAGUACAGUUGGGUCGCACUGAAGUUAUUAAUUAUCUCCGGUGUCUACAACCCUCCACUCCUGAACCAGAUACUCGAAAUGGUUCCGAACAACUUCUUUCUAAUUCAAUUGUUGACAAGACCUCAUCAAUUUAUACAACAGCAUGCGGUUGUGACGUAGGACUGAAGGAACGCCUACUAUGGUUUUAAGUGGAGUUGCGUACUCUUCCUAAUGAACUCUUGGUGUUACAUAUCCUAUGUGAUUAGUAAUAUGCUAUACACUGAGCAUCUACUCCCCUACCAUGUUAGGUUUAUUAAUGCUGAGUCAGCUAAACAUGUUUUAAUCCUCACCCAGAGGACGCAGGAGCAAUAGUCUAAUAAUUACGGUCUUAAUGACGAAUGUUAUUCAUUGCCUUUCCUACAGCAGUUGAGAUUUUUUAUCAGCAUUGUUAUUGGCAUAAGAUUAUGUCUCAAGUGAUUCUGACCUUUUUUCAGUGUACAGCCUAUAGUCAUUGGAGUUGGUUUUUAUGUACUGACUGUCAGACAAUUGUCUCAU